AUGCGUUCAACUCUAUUACUCAUAUUUUUACUAACCGUGCUCAAUGUUCUUGCUCCUAUAACCUUCGCGGAAAAUACACAAAAUGUUGAAGGGCGACUAAUCACAAAUCAUGUAUUAGAUGAUUUAGCAAACUUAGAACCAACGACUCGGGUAAUGCUGCAUGGGGGAAAAGGUUACUCUGCUUUGGUUCGUAAAGACGGCAAAUUUGUAAUAGAUGAUGUCGCGCCGGGAUCAUAUCUACUGGAUGUUUUAUCACGGAAAUAUAUAUAUCCUAAGUUAAGGGUGGAUGUGAGUGGCAUGGGAGUAACACAAUUUCUUACAAUGCCUGGUUUCGAAUGGGGAAGUUUAGGUCCAGCGGUAUCGUAUCCAUUAGAAUUAGCACCAAGAGACACCGCUAAAUACUUUGUGGAACGAGAAGGAUUCAGCAUCGCCAGCAUUUUCGCAAAUCCAUUGUUAAUAAUGAUGGGAGUUAGUGUGCUAAUGCUCUUUGUUAUGCCAAAGAUGAUGGCGAAUUUAGAUCCCGAAGAAUUGGAACAAAUGAAAAAGAAUCAGCCUGCUAUUAAUCCUCUCGAGCAAUUACCUGACAUUUCGAGUACUUUGGCAAACUGGGGGAAAGAUAAAGGGAAUAAAAAAUAA